AUGCUGCGCAGGCUACCCACCACCAAAGGAGGCGAUCCGCCCAUUACCUCGGCCACCUCAGGCGGCUUUGGCAUCGUCUCCAAGCCCUUCAAGUCCCCCGGAGCCGCCCUUGCCAACAAGCGCACCACUGUCUUGCCCGCACGCAAGCGCAAGCAGGUCAACUACAAGGAAAUGGGCGACGGCGGCGCCGACGAUGGCGAGGCUGCCAUCAACGACGACGGCAGCCCCAAGAAGAAGAUGCGCUUCGAGAUGGGCAACAAAGUGUACGAGGAUGGCGUGCUGGGAGGUAUGGCCAAGUGGUGUACCCGCAAGUUUCCAGUCUACUCGCCAAAGGAUAAGGGAACCGUAUUUGCCAAGACCUUCGCCAUCCCGGUCAUCACCAACGCCAAGACAUCUGAAAAGGUCGUUCACACGCUCUCGUACGCGUCCCUCGGUGCACGACCCCACCCCACUCUUGCCCCUCGCCCACUGCACGACCCGAUGGCUGACCACGCCAUUGUCCUGUACGACCCCACCAUCGACGAUAAGCCCGAGCCGCUUACGGAGGAGGAGCUGAACGCCGAGGAGGAACGUAAGCGCGAGGAGGAGGCGCGCGGACCGCACAAGAGCCUCAAGGCCAUCUUGGGCAUUCAGGAUAAGAAGAAGAAGGUCGACGUCAAGGUUCCCGUCGUCAUUGACCCGAAGUUGAGCAAGGUCUUGCGUCCUCACCAGAUUGAGGGUGUCAAGUUUCUGUACCGCUCCACCACUGGUCUGCUCGAUCCCAAGGCUUGGGGCUGUAUCAUGGCUGACGAAAUGGGACUUGGCAAGACCCUCCAGUGUAUUGCACUGUUGUACACGCUUCUUAAGCAGUCUCCGGUUGCGGGCAAAGCAACCUGCGAAAAGGUCGUCAUUGCCUGCCCCACGUCGCUCGUCGGCAACUGGGCAAACGAACUGGUCAAGUGGCUUGGUACUGGAGCUAUCAACCCCCUGGUCGUGGACGGCAAGGGUGGCAAGGCCGAGCUCAUCCCCGCCGUCCGCCGCUGGGUUACCGCUCACGGCCGCGGCAUUACGCUGCCAGUCAUGAUUGUCUCGUACGAGACUCUCCGCACGCUGCAAGAGGAGCUUGUCAACUGCCCCAUCGGACUGCUGCUCGCCGACGAGGGUCACCGUCUGAAGAAUGCAGACACCCUCACCUUCCAGUCCCUCACGGCUCUCAACGUCCAACGCCGCCUUUGCCAACCCGAAUAUCUGGGCUCCAAGGCCGACUUUAAGAAGAACUUUGAGAACAAAAUCCUGCGCGGUCGCGAUGCCGACGCGUCAGACAAGGAGAAGCAAGAAAGCGAGGCAAAGUUGAAGGAGCUCAGCGGACUGGUCAGCAAGUUUAUCAUUCGCCGCACCAACGAUCUGCUCUCAAAAUAUCUUCCUGUCAAGUACGAGCACGUCGUCUUCUGCCGCCCCAGCCCCCUUCAGAGCGCGCUAUACAACCACUUUGUCAACUCAAAGGACGUGCAGCGUCUCCUUCGUGGCAAGGACUCGCAGCCUCUCAAGGCCAUUGGUCUCCUCCGCAAGCUCUGCAACCACCCCGAGCUUCUCAACCUCCCCGAGGACCUCGCUGGCAGCGAGAACCUCCUUCCCGACGACUACGCAGUCGGCAAGUCUGGUCGCGACAGGAGCUUCAACUGCCAGUACUCGGGCAAAUUCGUGGUUCUCGAGAGAAUGCUCGACCACAUCAGGAACCACACCAAUGACAAGAUUGUGCUCAUCAGCAACGCCACCCAGACGCUUGACCUCAUGGAGCGCCUGUGCCGCGUCAAGAAGUACGGUUGCGUGCGUCUCGAUGGCUCGAUGAACGUGAACAAGCGCUCCAAGAUUGUGGACCGCUUCAACGACCCCGAGGGCAAAGAGUUUGUCUUUCUGCUCAGUUCCAAGGCUGGUGGAUGCGGCAUCAACCUCAUUGGCGCCAACCGCCUCAUCCUGUUUGAUCCAGACUGGAACCCAGCCAGCGACCAGCAGGCCCUCGCGCGUGUCUGGCGUGACGGCCAGAAGAAGGAGUGCUUCGUCUACCGUUUCCAGACGACCGGCACGAUUGAGGAGAAGAUCUUCCAGAGACAGUGCCAGAAGCAAAACCUCUCAGCGUGCGUCGUCGACGAGGCCGAGGACACUGCUCGCCACUUUACUCAGGACGACCUCCGCCAGCUGUUCAAGUACAACAAGGAGACCCAGUGCGACACGCACGACACGUACAAGUGCAAGCGUUGCCGCGACGGCAAGCAGUUUGUCAAGUCACCUGCCCUGCUGUAUGGCGAUGCCAGCACGUGGAACCACUACCCCAACUCGCAGCUGGGCCAAAUGCACGACGACCUCCUGCGCGCCGAGCUGGGGUUGCCCGAGGUGUCGUACGUGUUCCAAUACAUUUCGCACUGA